AUGAGUUGCCGCCUGCAAACCUCUUCGUCCGGCUUGGGUGGCUCCUGCCGCCUGGGAGGAGGAAGGAGCGUGUCUUCCUCCUCCUCUCGGUUCGUGACCUCGGGCUCCGGCGGGGGCAUGAGCUGCGGCUUCGGCGGCGGAGCCGGUGGCGGAUUCGGCGGAGGCUUCGGGGGCGGCUAUGGCGGCGGCUUCGGUGGCGGGGCCUGUGGGGCCGGCGGCGGCUUCGGCGGAGGUUUCGGCGGCGGCUUCGACUUCGGCGGGGCCCUGGGCGGGGCGGACGGCGGGCUCCUGUCCGGCAACGAGAAGGUGACCAUGCAGAACCUCAACGACCGGCUGGCCUCCUACCUGGACAAGGUGCGGGCCCUGGAGGAGGCCAACGCCGACCUGGAGCAGAAGAUCCGCGACUGGCACCUGAAGCAGAGCCCCAGCAGCCCCGAGCGCGAUUACUCUCACUACUACAAGACCAUCGAGGACCUGCGGGACAAGAUCAUGGCCGCCACCAUCGACAAUAACAGGGUGGUUCUGGAGGUCGACAACGCCCGUCUGGCGGCCGACGACUUCAGGCUCAAGUACGAGAAUGAGCUGGUCCUGCGCCAGAGCGUGGAAGCCGACAUCAACGGGCUGCGCCGCGUGCUGGAUGAGCUGACCCUGGCCAAGACCGACCUGGAGAUGCAGAUCGAGAGCCUCACCGAGGAGCUGGCCUACCUCAAGAAGAACCACGAGGAGGAGAUGAAGGAAUUCAGCAACCAGCUGGUGGGCCAGGUCAAUGUGGAGAUGGACGCGGCACCGGGUGUGGACCUGACCCGCGUGCUGAGCGAGAUGCGGGAGCAGUACGAAGCCAUGGCCGAAAAGAACCGGCGGGACGCAGAAGCCUGGUUCCACAGCAAGAGCGAGGAGCUCAGCAAAGAAGUGGCGUCUAGCACCGAACUGAUCCAGACCAGCAAGACAGAGGUCACCGAGCUGAGACGCACCCUGCAGGGACUGGAGAUCGAACUGCAAUCUCAGCUCAGCAUGAAAGCCGGGCUGGAGGCCACCGUGGCCGAGACCGAGUGCCGCUACGCCAUGCAGCUGCAGCAGAUCCAAGGGUUGAUCGGCAGCAUCGAAUGCCAGCUGAGCGAGCUGCGCAGCGAGAUGGAGUGUCAGAACCAGGAAUACAAAAUGCUGCUGGACAUCAAGACCCGGCUGGAGCAGGAGAUUGCCACCUACCGCAGCCUGCUGGAGGGCCAGGACUCCAAGUGA